AUGUCAUUCUCAGAACCCGAGGACAAUCUCUCCGCAAACCUUCAAUGGGACGAGAAAAUCAGACUACCGCAGGUCACGGUCCGUGCGACUGUGGUAGGUCUUCUCAUAGGCUCCAUUGUUUUGAUUCUGAAUUUCCAGUUUGGUCUACAGACUGGUUGGGUUUCCAUGAUGUCACUACCCUCCGCUUUGCUCGGGUACACAUUAUUUAGAUUGCUUCCAAUAAGCAGAAAAUUCACUGAUGUCGAAAACGUUUACAUCCAAAGUGUGGCGGUUGCUGUUGGGACAGGGCCCUUGGCGUAUGGCUUGGUUGGAAUCAUUCCUGCCAUUGAAAAGUUCUUGACCGCAGAUGAGAGUGGCACAGGCAGCACCAUUUCGCUUUCGUUGUCGCAGUUGAUGGUUUGGUCUUUUGGGUUGGCUUUUUUCGGUGUGUUUUUCGCUGUGACUCUUCGCAAACAGGUUAUUAUCAAGGAGAAUCUUCCGUUUCCGUCCGGCUCCGCUACAGCCACCCUUAUUUCAGUUCUCCAUGGUACUGAUCUAGCUAGUGCAAGUCAAGAUGCGGAGACUUCACAUGCUAGAAGAGACUCUCGAGUAGAUUGUGCGUCUACGAAGUCUGACACCUCAAAGAGCAGCUACCACUGUGGUGUGCUCUGCCCCAAGGAUUCCAGAGGAUAUGUCUGUGACACGAAAAAGGAACAAUACAGGUCAAACAUUCGUUCUCUUUUGAUAUCUUUUGGAAUUUCCGCCGUGUACACUUUGACAGCAUACUUCAUUCCUAUUUUACGAGAGUUACCCAUAUUUGGAUCUCAUCUAUCAAAACUGUACCAAUGGAAUCUACAACCAUCUCCAGCCUAUAUUGGCCAGGGUAUUAUUAUGGGUUUACCUUCUGUGUCAUACAUGUUAUUUGGAGCUGUCUUGGGAUGGGCUGUUCUUGCUCCAAUGGCAAAGUAUUUGGGCUGGGCGCCUGGCCCAAUUGAUGAUUGGGUUACCGGUGGCCAGGGCUGGAUAUUGUGGCUCAGUUUGAGUGUUAUGAUUGCAGACUCAGUGGUUUCCUUCAUUGUGGUCACAAUUAAGUCUCUCAACACCUACCGCAAAGCGUGGUCUGCUCAAAGGUAUGAGAAAUUGAUUGAUUCCAAUCAACAAGGCUACCUGUCCUCCGAUCAAAACGAGCUAGGCUUAGAGACCGCAACUUAUAGAAGCAGAAUUGAAAGCUCCACGUCUUUCAGCUCCGUCAUUGAUGUUUCUUCUGAAUUCCUAGUUGACAAUUAUGUGACAAUUUCUGGUAUGAUAGUUUCUUCUGCAAUUUGUGUCUGGGCAAUGAGACAUGUUUUCGGUGCUUUGAUUCCUUAUUAUGCCACGGUUGCAGCUCUAGUUCUUGCCAUGUUUUUUUCAGUUCUAGGCGUACGCGCCCUUGGUGAGACUGACUUAAACCCGGUUAGCGGAAUUGGUAAACUUUCCCAACUCAUUUUUGCCGCGAUCAUCCCACGCGAUCAUCCUGCAAGAAUACUCAUCAAUCUCGUCGCUGGUGGAAUCGCCGAGGCUGGUGCUCAACAAGCUGGAGAUUUGAUGCAAGACUUGAAGACCGGAUAUUUGAUUGGAGCCUCGCCAAGAGCUCAAUUCAUUGCACAAUUGAUUGGAACGUUCUAUUCUGUGUUUUUGAGCAGCAUCAUCUACAAGGUGUACAACUCGGUUUAUGAGAUUCCAAGUAAAACGUUUCGAAUUCCAACGGCCGUAGUUUGGAUUGAUUGCUCAAGACUCGUUACUGGAGAGGGCCUUCCUCCCCAUGCAUAUGAGUUCUGUCUUCUAUUUGCCUUCAUUUUUGGUUUGAUUUCCAUAAUCAAGAACACCGCACCAAAAAGCUGGAAGUACCACAAGUACUUGGUUUACUUGCCAAAUGGCGUGGCCGUUGGUAUUGGUAUCUACAACACACCAAACUUUACUCUAGCCCGUUUUGUUGGAGGAUUAAUGGCGUAUACAUGGAUUCGCUAUGGCGGGGCCCAAGCGGAUCAAAAGAUCAAAAUGGUCAUCAUUAGCAGUGGUCUAGUCUUGGGAGAAGGGUUGCUUUCUGCUGUCACGAUGUUGAUGACAAGUUUGGGUGUUAGACAUUUUUGA